CACGAAGCCACCCCAUCAUCCACCGUCCCCUGAAACCCAUCCGCAAACCUCCAACCCAACUCGACAACGAAAUGUUCUACCGCAACCUGUACCACAUGUCCCAGAUCAGCACGCUCCGAUUAAACAUCGUCCUUCUCAUGGAGGAGGGGUAUUUGAUGCAGGUGGCGGCGAUGCAUGCGAGACAGGCGCAGCAGAGGGAUUUUGCGCGGUUUUCUGUUGCUGCUGGUGGCGGUGGUGGUGCUGGUCCUUUCGGUGAUAAUGGUGGGUUUGGGGCGGUGAUUCCUCGUCGCCCAAGUCCGGUUAAGGGGGGUCGAGUGGAGAAGAGGAAGAUGAGGAAGAUGAUGAGAAAGAGGAAGGCUUCGGAUGUUAUGGGGGCGGACUUUUGGGAGCAGGUGAAUGAGAGGGAGGAGGGGUAUGAGAUUGAUGAGGAUGAGGAUAUGGAUACUAGGGACUGGGUGUAGAGCUGCCCGUCCUAUUCUAUUCUACUAUACUUGUCUUAGACUGGCUUGGCUGGGGUUAAGAGGCUGUGUAUAUACCACGCAACUGGCAUGCGUCAAGUAUA